CUUGUUCUUCAAUAGUUAUUUGCAGACGUAAUCAGAUUAACUCUUGCGGAUUUUUUGAAAAUUAUAAGAAAACGGAAUAUUUAGUGCAUAAACUAGCGAAUAAGUUAUGGGAGAUUCGCUGGAGAACCCCGACACCUCUGUGGAGGCGGUGGUAAACGUGACCAUUGUCGAUUAUGGUGCAUUUGCCAAUUAUAUACGAAAAGCAGUGACGAUUUUGCUGCCUGAGGAAGAUGUGGUACCACCAGCAUUAAAUGUUGCUUUAGAGGAUCUAGAUAAUCAGGAACGCAUAAAAAAGUUUUUAUCAGAUCCACAGGUGCAAGCAUUGUACAUUCAAAGGAAUUGCUUAAAAGAAGAUGAAAAUGAGCAACCAGCUGAAGGAGAAGAGGAAAAAGAGUUGGUCAACUAUCAAAUUAGUAAUGAUGUUCACUUCACCAACAGCCGUAUGGCUUCUUUAGCGUGCAUCAAACGUGGCGCAGUGAUUGAAGCAGACAAAUCGAUACAUUCCCAGUUGCGUUUGAUUAACUUCUCCGAUGGCUCCCCUUAUGAGACGUUGCAUGCAUUUAUUUCCAAGUCCUUGGCUCCCUACUUCAAGUCUUACGUCAAGGAAUCGGGGCGUGCAGAUCGCGAUGGUGAUAAGAUGGCACCAUCGGUUGAAAAAAAAUUGGCCGAACUGGAGAUGGGACUCUUGCAUUUACAGCAAAAUAUUGAUAUACCAGAAAUAACAUUGACAGCUCACCCUUCUGUGAAUGCCGUAAUACGCAAAUGUGCCGAUGAAAAUCGUAAAGCAAAAGUUGCAGAUUUUGGUGAUAAAGUAGAGGAUUCAUCAUUUCUUAAUCAGCUGCAAAAUGGUGUAAAUCGUUGGAUUAAGGAAAUCAAGAAGGUGACUAAAUUGGACCGUGAUCCAUCAUCGGGAACAGCACUACAGGAAAUUUCAUUUUGGUUGAACUUGGAACGCGCUCUGUAUCGCAUACAGGAGAAGCGUGAAUCACCGGAGGUUGCCCUUACACUGGACAUACUGAAACAUGGCAAACGUUUCCAUGCCACAGUGUCAUUUGAUACUGACACUGGCCUCAAACAGGCCUUGGCAAUGGUUGCCGAUUAUAAUCCCUUAAUGAAAGACUUUCCGAUUAAUGACUUGCUGUCGGCUACGGAACUGGAGAAGAUACGCCCUGCAGUGCAGCAAAUAUUCUCACAUUUGCGCAAGGUACGAAACACCAAGUAUCCAAUUCAGCGUUGCCUCAAACUAAUAGAGGCUAUUUCACGUGAUCUUUCACAACAAUUGCUCAAAGUGUUGGGCACACGUCGUCUGAUGCAUAUUCCUUUCGAUGAAUUUGAGCGUGUAAUGAAUCAAUGUUUUGAAAUAUUCAGUUGCUGGGACGACGAGUAUGAUAAGUUGCAAGGUUUAUUGCGUGACAUUGUAAAGAAGAAGCGUGAUGAGCAUUUGAAGAUGGUGUGGCGUGUAUCACCUUCACAUAAGAAGCUUCAGACACGUAUGGAGCACAUGCGCAAAUUCCGUCGACAGCAUGAACAAUUGCGUACCGUAAUUUUGCGCGUAUUGCGUCCAACAAAGCAAGCACAAAAUAAUGAUGCUAAUGCUGUUGAGACCAAACAGCCGUAUAGCUUGGAAGCGGCUGAUGCCAAUGCUAUUGAGGAGGUGAACUUGGCCUAUGAGAAUGUGAAAGAAGUAGACUGUUUAGAUAUAACCAAGGAGGGUUCCGAAGCUUGGGAGGCAGCUGUUAAGCGUUAUGAAGAAAAAAUAGAUCGAGUUGAAGCACGCAUCACAGCACAUUUGCGCGAUCAACUUGGCACUGCUAAGAAUGCCAACGAAAUGUUUCGUAUAUUCUCGCGCUUCAAUGCGCUCUUCGUGCGUCCGCAUAUACGCGGAGCUAUUCGCGAAUAUCAAACACAGCUUAUACAACGUGUCAAGGAUGAUAUUGAUGCGUUGCACGAAAAAUUCAAGGUUCAAUAUCCACAAAGCAAAAGUUAUCGCCUUUCAACAGUGCGCGAUUUGCCGCCAGUAGCUGGUUCGAUCAUUUGGGCACGUCAAAUCGAUAACCAAUUGACAAUGUAUUUGAAACGCGUGGAAGAUGUUUUGGGCAAAGGUUGGGAAACACAUUUGGAGGGUCAGAAACUAAAAGCGGAUGGGGACAGUUUUCGCACCAAGCUCUCCAUUUCCGAAGUGUUCCAGGAAUGGGCACGUAAAGUACAGGAACGUAAUUUCGGAAACUCGGGGCGUAUUUUCACAAUCGAAUCUGCACGCUCACGUACCGGACGCAGCAACGUACUGAAGUUGCGUGUCAACUUUUUGCCUGAAAUCAUUACACUCUCUAAAGAAGUGCGUAAUAUUAAGAAUCUAGGAUUCAGAGUUCCACUAACGAUUGUCAACAAGGCACACCAGGCGAAUCAGAUUUAUCCAUAUGCCAUUUCUUUGAUUGAGAGCGUGCGCACGUAUGAGCGCACCUUAGAAAAGAUUGAAGAUCGUGCCAGCAUUGUCCCGCUUGUGGCUGGUUUGCGCAAGGAAGUGCUGAACUUUAUCUCCGAAGGCAUUGGACUGGUUUGGGAGUCGUACAAACUCGAUCCUUAUGUGCUGCGUUUGUCAGAAUGUGUCACUCAAUUCCAAGAAAAGGUUGAGGACUUGCUUGUUGUCGAGGAACAGUUGGACGUUGAUGUACGCUCCUUAGAGACUUGUCCCUACAGUGCUGCUACUUUUACCGAAAUCUUAUCGAAAAUUCAACAUGCCGUUGACGCAUUGUCACUCAAGCAAUAUUCUAACUUAAACGUUUGGGUAACACGCCUGGAUGAGGAAGUUGAAAAGAAAUUGGCGAUGCGUCUUCAGGCUGGUAUUCAAGCCUGGACUGAAGCGUUGACUGGCAGCAAGAAGGAACGUGAUCUUUCCAUGGACACUGAUGCCCCAGCUCAGCCAACACACAAGCUCGGCGGUGAACCACAGAUCCAGAACGCCAUUCAUGAAAUUCGUAUUACUAACCAACAGAUGUAUUUGUAUCCCUCAAUCGAAGAGGCACGCUUUCAAAUCAUGCAACAGCUGUUCGCUUGGCAGGCAAUAGUCACCUCUCAGGUGCGCCUACAGAGCACGCGAUACCAAGUGGGCUUGGACAAACAUGCGCCACCAACUUACCGCAACUUAUUGACUAAAUUGCCAGAAGCCAUGAUUUUGGAGAAUGCCUAUGGUGCAAUUGAGAACAAAAUUAGUGAAGUGCGCAAUUAUGUGGAAGAGUGGUUGCGUUACCAGAGCCUGUGGGACUUGCAAGCAGAUACUUUGUAUGGUCGUUUAGGUGAAGAUGUUAAUUUGUGGAUUAAAUGUUUGAAUGACAUUAAGAAAUCACGAACUACAUUCGACACAUCCGAUACGCGCCGCGCCUAUGGGCCUAUUGUAAUUGACUAUGCUAAAGUGCAGGCGAAGGUUACUUUGAAGUACGAUUCUUGGCAUAAGGAAGCAUUGGGCAAAUUCGGCACACUACUCGGCAAUGAAAUGACUACAUUCCACUCGAAGGUUUCGAAGUCACGCACUGAUUUGGAAAUGCAAAGCAUUGAAGCCGCCAGCACUUCCGAUGCCGUCAGCUUCAUUACUUAUGUGCAAUCGCUCAAGAAAGAUAUGAUUGCUUGGGACAAGCAAGUGGAAGUAUUCCGUGAGGCACAACGCAUACUCGAGCGUCAACGCUUCCAAUUUCCCAAUAACUGGUUGCAUGUCGACAACAUCGAAGGCGAAUGGUCAGCCUUCAAUGAGAUCAUCAAACGUAAAGAUACAGCCAUACAGACCCAAGUGGCCAGCUUGCAAGCUAAGAUUGUGGCCGAAGAUAAGGCUGUGGAAACGCGUACUAUAGACUUUUUGAACGACUGGGAAAAGAACAAACCAACUGGCGGCAAAAUACGGCCAGAUGAUGCAUUGCAACAAUUGCAGUUGUUUGAAACUAAGUAUUCUCGGUUGAAGGAGGAACGCGAUAAUGUCGCCAAGGCCAAGGAGGCCCUAGAAUUGCAGGAGUCCGCUAUACCCAAUAAUAGUUCGGAGCGUAUGAAUGUCGCUUUAGAGGAGUUGCAAGACUUGCGUGGUGUCUGGAGUGAACUCUCGAAAGUUUGGACCCAGAUUGACGAGACUAGAGAGAAACCUUGGCUUUCGGUACAGCCACGCAAAUUGCGGCAACAACUCGAGGCAAUGAUGACACAACUGAAAGAAUUACCUGCGCGCUUGCGCAUGUACGAAUCGUACGAAUACGUAAAGAAAUUAAUUCAAAGCUAUAUCAAGGUGAACAUGUUGAUCGUAGAAUUAAAGUCGGAUGCUCUAAAGGAACGCCACUGGAAACAACUCACCAAACAGUUGCGUGUGAAUUGGGUCAUUUCUGAUCUUACGCUUGGACAAGUGUGGGAUGUGAAUUUGCAGAAAAAUGAAAAUGUAGUAAAGGACAUAAUACUUGUUGCCCAGGGUGAAAUGGCUCUGGAAGAAUUCUUGAAACAGGUGCGUGAGUCCUGGCUGAGCUAUGAACUCGACCUGAUCAAUUAUCAAAACAAAUGUCGCAUCAUAAGGGGUUGGGAUGAUCUCUUCAAUAAAGUAAAAGAACACAUAAAUUCGGUUGCAGCUAUGAAACUGUCGCCUUACUAUAAAGUCUUCGAGGAAGAAGCGCUUACCUGGGAAGAGAAACUGAAUCGUAUAAAUGCGCUGUUCGAUGUUUGGAUUGAUGUGCAGCGUCGCUGGGUCUACUUGGAAGGCAUAUUCUCUGGUAGUGCUGAUAUUAAAACGCUUUUGCCAGUGGAAACUUCACGCUUCCAAAGCAUCAGCUCUGAGUUCUUAGGUCUAAUGAAGAAAGUAACCAAGUCACCGAAAGUAAUGGAUGUAUUGAAUAUACCAGCCGUACAGCGUUCGCUUGAACGUCUGGCUGACCUUUUAGGCAAAAUACAAAAGGCUUUGGGCGAAUAUUUGGAGCGUGAACGUACCUCCUUCCCUCGUUUCUACUUCGUGGGCGAUGAGGAUCUUUUGGAGAUUAUUGGCAACAGCAAAAAUAUUGCUCGCUUGCAGAAGCACUUCAAAAAAAUGUUUGCUGGCGUUGCUGCUAUUCUGUUGAACGAAGACAACACCGUCAUUUUAGGUAUUUCAUCACGCGAAGGCGAGGAAGUUAAAUUCAUGAAUCCAGUUUCGACCGUGGAACACCCGAAAAUAAACGAAUGGCUUUCACUGGUUGAGAAGCAAAUGCGUUUUACUUUGGCAUCGCUUCUGGCACAAGCCGUACAGGACAUCAAACAAUUUCGUGAAGGUCAAAUUGAUCCACAGAAAUAUAUGGAAUGGUGUGACAGAUAUCAGGCUCAGAUUAUUGUACUCGCUGCGCAAAUUCUUUGGUCCGAGGAUGUGGAGGCAGCUUUGCAACAAGCCUCAGAGAGCAACAAUUCAAAGCCAAUGCAACGUGUGCUGUGCACCGUGGAGUCAACAUUGAAUGUACUCGCCGAUUCCGUGUUGCAAGAGCAACCGCCAUUGCGUAGACGUAAAUUGGAACAUUUGAUCAAUGAGUUCGUACAUAAGCGUACAGUUACACGCCGUUUGAUUGCUAAUGGCGUCACCAGCCCCAAAUCUUUCCAAUGGCUUUGUGAGAUGCGUUUUUACUUUGACCCACGACAAACUGAGGUUCUACAACAACUUACCAUUCACAUGGCCAAUGCUCGUUUCUAUUAUGGCUUUGAAUAUCUAGGCGUACAGGAUCGUCUGGUGCAGACUCCACUCACUGAUCGCUGCUACUUGACCAUGACACAAGCAUUGGAGUCACGUUUGGGUGGCUCGCCUUUUGGCCCCGCCGGUACUGGCAAAACUGAAUCUGUUAAGGCGCUUGGCAAUCAGCUUGGUCGUUUUGUGCUCGUAUUCAAUUGUGACGAGACUUUCGAUUUCCAAGCUAUGGGUCGUAUCUUUGUUGGUCUGUGUCAAGUCGGUGCUUGGGGUUGCUUUGAUGAGUUCAAUCGUUUAGAAGAGCGUAUGUUGUCGGCUUGUUCGCAACAGAUUCAAACUAUACAGGAGGCGCUGAAAUAUGAAAUGGACAGCAAUAAGGAGAGUAUUACCGUUGAGCUGGUGGGCAAGCAGGUGCGCGUCUCUCCCGAUAUGGCCAUCUUCAUUACCAUGAAUCCUGGUUACGCAGGCCGUUCCAAUCUGCCCGAUAACUUAAAGAAAUUAUUCCGUUCAUUGGCUAUGACAACACCCGAUCGCCAGCUGAUCGCUGAGGUUAUGUUGUUCUCUCAAGGUUUCCGCUCGGCAGAAAAGUUGGCCUGCAAGAUCGUACCAUUCUUUAAGCUUUGCGAUGAACAACUUUCCAACCAAAGCCAUUAUGAUUUUGGUUUACGUGCGCUCAAGUCGGUCUUGAUCUCGGCUGGUAAUGUAAAACGUGAUCGCAUCAUGAAAAUCAAGGAAAGCUUGCGUCAACGCGGCGAAGAGAACAUUGAUGAAGCCUCAGUGGCUGAAAAUUUGCCAGAGCAAGAGAUUCUAAUACAAUCGGUGUGCGAGACAAUGGUUCCCAAGUUGGUGGCAGAGGAUAUUCCUUUGCUCUUCUCGUUGCUGAGCGAUGUCUUCCCGAAUGUUGGCUACACACGUGCUGAGAUGAAGGGUCUAAAAGAAGAGAUACGCAAAGUGUGUCAAGAAGAUUAUUUGGUGUGCGGUGAAGGCGAUGAACAGGGCGCUGCCUGGAUGGAGAAGAAUGCGCAAGGAUUCGGUGAAACCUGGGUGGAAAAAGUGCUUCAAUUAUACCAAAUCUCUAACCUUAAUCACGGUUUGAUGAUGGUGGGCCCAUCCGGUUCAGGCAAAUCGACCGCCUGGCGUACAUUGCUCAAGGCUUUAGAGCGCUUCGAGGGUACUGAAGGCGUAGCACAUGUCAUUGAUCCCAAAGCAAUUUCGAAGGAGGCACUUUAUGGUGUCAUGGAUCAAAACACACGCGAGUGGACCGACGGUCUGUUCACACAUGUUCUACGCAAAAUUAUCGACAACGUGCGCGGUGAAAUCAACAAGCGUCAGUGGAUAAUUUUUGAUGGUGAUGUCGAUCCCGAAUGGGUUGAGAACUUGAACUCCGUGUUGGAUGACAACAAAUUGUUGACAUUGCCAAAUGGUGAACGUCUUUCACUACCACCCAAUGUGCGCAUAAUGUUUGAAGUACAGGACUUGAAGUUCGCAACACUCGCUACAGUUUCGCGUUGUGGCAUGGUUUGGUUCUCGGAGGAUGUCCUGUCCACAGAGAUGAUAUUCGAGAAUUAUCUCUCACGAUUGCGCAGUAUUCCACUGGAAGAUGGCGAUGAAGAUUUUGUGGGCGUUGUUAAACCGUCAGCUUCUACUAAAGAUAAAGAAGAAGAGGUGUCACCUUCAUUGCAAGUGCAGCGCGAUAUUGCAUUGUUGUUGCAGCCAUACUUCUCGGCCGAUGGCAUUGUGGUGCGCAGUCUGGAGUACGCUAUGGAACAAGAGCAUAUUAUGGACUUUACGCGCUUGCGUGCACUUAGUUCGCUCUUUUCAAUGUUAAAUCAAGCUGCAAGAAAUGUGCUCGACUUCAAUGCACAACAUCCAGACUUUCCUUGCUCCGCCGACCAACUGGAGCAGUAUAUACCGAAGGCACUUAUUUACUCAGUCCUCUGGUCCUUUGCUGGUGAUGCUAAGCUCAAAGUGCGCACUGAUUUGGGUGAUUUUGUUCGUAGUGUUACUACGAUACCACUGCCAGGAGCCGCUGGCGCACCUAUUAUCGACUACGAAGUUAGCAUGAAUGGGGAAUGGGUUCCAUGGUCGAACAAAGUGCCGGUUAUUGAGGUCGAAACCCACAAAGUGGCAUCACCAGAUAUUGUUGUGCCCACUUUGGAUACUGUACGCCACGAAUCGUUGUUGUACACCUGGCUGGCAGAACAUAAGCCUUUGGUACUAUGUGGACCGCCUGGUUCUGGUAAGACUAUGACACUUUUCUCAGCACUGCGUGCUCUACCAGACAUGGAAGUGGUUGGUUUGAAUUUCUCAUCAGCUACAACACCGGAGCUUUUGCUAAAAACUUUCGAUCACUACUGCGAAUACCGUAAGACACCUAAUGGCGUUGUACUCUCCCCUGUACAGAUUGGUAAAUGGCUAGUACUUUUCUGCGAUGAAAUCAAUUUACCCGAUAUGGACACUUAUGGCACUCAACGUGUAAUUUCAUUUUUGCGUCAGCUGGUCGAACACAAAGGUUUCUAUCGCGCCAGCGAUCAAGCAUGGGUCUCUUUGGAGCGCAUACAAUUCGUGGGCGCUUGUAAUCCUCCCACAGAUCCAGGGCGUAAACCACUUUCACAUCGUUUCCUACGUCACGUACCCAUCAUCUAUGUUGACUAUCCGGGCGAAACUUCGCUUAAACAAAUCUAUGGCACUUUUUCACGCGCCAUGUUGCGCAUGAUGCCAUCAUUGCGUGGUUACGCUGAACCACUCACCAACGCUAUGGUUGAGUUUUAUUUGGCAUCACAGGAUCGCUUUACACAGGAUAUGCAACCGCACUAUGUGUACUCGCCGCGUGAGAUGACACGCUGGGUACGCGGUAUUUGCGAGGCCAUACGUCCGCUUGAUUCGUUACCAGUGGAGGGUUUGGUGCGUUUGUGGGCGCAUGAGGCGUUACGUUUGUUCCAAGACAGGCUGGUUGAAGAAUCAGAACGUCGUUGGACCAAUGAAAAUAUCGAUAUUGUGGCACUUAAACACUUCCCUGGUAUCAAUCAGGAGGAGGCAUUGACACGCCCCAUUCUUUACAGUAAUUGGCUAUCCAAGGACUAUACGCCAGUUAAUCGCGAAGAAUUGCGUGACUAUGUCCGUGCACGCUUAAAGGUCUUCUACGAAGAGGAGCUCGAUGUGCCGCUCGUACUGUUUGACGAAGUUUUAGAGCAUGUUUUGCGUAUUGAUCGUAUAUUCCGUCAACCGCAAGGUCAUCUAUUACUAAUCGGUGUGUCUGGCGCAGGCAAAACCACCCUUUCGCGUUUCGUCGCCUGGAUGAAUGGUUUAUCUAUCUUCCAAAUUAAGGUGCAUAACAAAUAUACCGGCGAAGAUUUCGAUGAAGAUCUGCGUUGUGUGCUGAGACGUUCUGGUUGCAAGGAUGAGAAGAUUGCAUUCAUUUUGGACGAGUCGAAUGUAUUGGAUUCUGGUUUCUUGGAGCGCAUGAAUACGCUGUUAGCUAACGGGGAAGUGCCCGGUUUGUUCGAGGGUGAUGAAUACACUACGCUGAUGACUCAAUGUAAAGAAGGCGCCCAGCGCGAGGGCUUAAUGUUGGACUCCAGCGACGAGUUAUACAAAUGGUUCACUCAACAAGUUAUGCGCAACUUGCAUGUGGUCUUCACCAUGAACCCAUCUACAGACGGCCUAAAAGAUCGUGCUGCCACCUCACCAGCUCUUUUCAAUCGUUGCGUGCUCAACUGGUUCGGCGAUUGGUCCGAUUCCGCGCUCUUCCAGGUGGGCAAAGAGUUCACAACACGUGUGGACCUGGAAAAACAAGGCUGGGCAGCACCCGACUUCUUCCCAUCUGUGUGCCCCUUGGUACCAGCUCAGCCCACACAUCGCGAUGCUGUCAUCAACAGUUGCGUAUAUGUGCAUCAAACGCUCCACCAGGCCAAUGCACGCCUGGCCAAACGUGGUGGACGCACAAUGGCCGUCACGCCACGUCAUUAUUUGGACUUUAUUCAUCAUUUUGUCAAAUUGUAUAAUGAGAAACGUAGUGAUUUGGAAGAACAACAAUUGCAUCUGAACGUAGGUCUCAAUAAGAUUGCCGAAACUGUGGAGCAAGUGGAGGAGAUGCAAAAAUCUUUGGCCGUCAAGAAACAAGAACUACAGGCGAAGAACGAAGCGGCCAAUGCUAAAUUGAAGCAGAUGUUUAAGGAUCAACAGGAAGCAGAAAAGAAGAAGAUACAAUCACAGGAGAUACAGAUACGCUUAGCCGAUCAGACGGUGAAGAUUGAAGAAAAACGUAAAUAUGUCAUGGCCGAUUUGGCACAAGUAGAACCGGCUGUGAUAGACGCGCAACAAGCCGUUAAAUCGAUCCGAAAGCAGCAGCUUGUUGAAGUCCGUACCAUGGCCAAUCCACCAUCGGUGGUGAAAUUGGCUCUGGAGUCAAUCUGUCUGCUACUGGGUGAGAAUGCGACCGACUGGAAAUCAAUUCGUGCCGUUAUAAUGCGAGAAAACUUUAUAAAUUCAAUUGUAUCUAACUUCAAUACUGAAAAUAUAACCGAUGAGGUGCGUGAAAAGAUGAAGAACAAAUAUCUAAGCAAUCCCGAUUAUAACUUUGAGAAGGUCAAUCGUGCCAGUAUGGCUUGUGGCCCUAUGGUUAAAUGGGCUAUUGCACAGAUUGAAUACGCCGAUAUGUUGAAACGCGUUGAACCGUUGCGUGAAGAAUUGCGCUCGCUAGAAGAACAAGCGGAUGUGAAUAAACAGAGCGCAAAAGAGACUAAGGAUCUGGUUGAGCAACUGGAACGCAGUAUUGCCGCCUACAAGGAAGAGUAUGCACAGCUCAUCUCGCAGGCACAGGCCAUCAAGACCGACUUGGAAAAUGUGCAAGCUAAGGUCGAUCGGUCUAUUGCUUUGUUGAAGAGCUUGAAUAUCGAACGCGAGCGCUGGGAGUGCACCAGCGAGACAUUCAAGUCGCAAAUGUCCACAAUUAUUGGUGAUGUUUUACUGUCGGCAGCAUUCAUUGCAUAUGGCGGCUACUUCGAUCAGCACUAUCGCUUGAAUCUGUUCACCACUUGGUCGCAACAUCUGCAGUCGGCCAACAUACAAUAUCGCUCUGAUAUGGCACGCACCGAAUAUCUUUCCAAUCCCGAUGAACGCUUGCGUUGGCAAGCCAAUGCUUUACCAACGGAUGAUCUGUGCACUGAGAAUGCCAUCAUGCUUAAGCGUUUCAAUCGUUAUCCACUCAUUAUCGAUCCUUCAGGCCAAGCUACUACUUUCUUGCUUAACGAAUAUGCAGGCAAGAAAAUCACAAAGACCUCCUUCUUGGACGACUCCUUCCGGAAGAAUUUGGAAUCUGCGCUCCGGUUCGGUAAUCCUCUGCUAGUGCAAGAUGUGGAGAAUUACGAUCCAAUUUUGAACCCCGUGCUCAAUCGCGAAUUGCGUCGCACUGGUGGUCGUGUGCUGAUCACACUCGGCGAUCAGGAUAUCGAUUUAUCGCCCUCUUUCGUCAUUUUCUUGUCCACACGUGAUCCAACAGUGGAGUUCCCACCGGAUAUUUGCUCACGUGUCACUUUUGUCAACUUCACUGUUACGCGCAGCUCCUUGCAGUCGCAAUGCUUAAAUCAAGUUCUGAAGGCUGAGCGUCCAGAUAUCGAUGAGAAACGCUCAGAUCUCCUGAAAUUGCAGGGCGAAUUCCGUUUGCGUUUGCGCCAGCUGGAAAAGAGUCUGUUGCAGGCUUUGAAUGAUGCGAAGGGUAAAAUUCUUGAUGAUGAUUCGGUGAUUACUACGCUCGAGACGUUGAAGAAGGAAGCUUACGAUAUCAAUCAGAAAGUCGAUGAAACUGAUAAGGUUAUUGCGGAAAUUGAGACCGUCUCGCAACAAUAUUUGCCAUUGUCCGUUGCUUGCAGCAACAUUUAUUUCACAAUGGACAGCUUGAAUCAGGUGCAUUUCCUCUACCAGUAUUCACUGAAAAUGUUCUUGGACAUCUUCUCGACUGUGCUGUACAACAAUUCGAAAUUGGAUGGCAAGAGCGAGUAUGCGGAGCGUUUGGGCAUCAUUACCAAAGAUCUGUUCCAGGUCUGCUAUGAACGCGUGGCGCGUGGCAUGCUACAUAAUGAUCGCCUCACUUUUGCAUUGCUGAUGUGCAAGAUUCAUCUUAAAGGCACUUCUGAACAGAAUCUGGACUCUGAAUUUAAUUUCUUCUUACGCAGCCGCGAGGGUCUUCUUGCAUCUUCGACGCCUGUAGAUGGUCUUUCAGCAGAACAAAUAGAAAGCGUCAAUCGCUUACAAUCACGUUUACCCAUCUUCCGCAAGUUGAUCGAAAAACUCAGAUCGAUGCCCGAAAUCGGCGCAUGGUUGCAGCAAAGCUCACCUGAGCAGUGUGUACCGCAAUUGUGGGAUGAGUCAAAGGCACUCACACCCAUCGUUAGCUCUAUUCACCAGCUGUUACUGAUACAAGCUUUCCGACCGGAUCGGGUUAUUGCCGCUGCUCAUAAGGUGGUCGAUGCUGUAUUAGGCCUUGAUUUCAUGCCGAACGCCGAGAAAGAACUGGACUUGGCCGCUGUUGUGGACAAACAGUUGAACUGCAACACACCCGCAUUACUGUGCUCAGUGCCCGGCUUUGACGCCUCCGGACGUGUGGACGACUUGGCUGCUGAGCUGAACAAACAGAUCUCGAGCAUUGCCAUUGGUUCGGCUGAAGGCUUCAAUCAGGCCGAGCGCGCCAUCAACAUGGCCUGCAAGAGCGGUCGCUGGGUGCUGUUGAAGAACGUUCACUUGGCGCCGCAAUGGUUGGUACAAUUGGAGAAGAAGCUUCACUCCCUGCAGCCACAUUCUGGCUUCAGAUUGUUCCUCACCAUGGAGAUCAAUCCCAAGGUGCCGGUCAACUUGUUGCGCGCCGGCCGCAUUUUCGUUUUCGAACCGCCGCCAGGCAUUCGCGCUAACUUACUGCGCACUUUCUCGACGGUGCCGGCGGCGCGCAUGAUGAAAACACCUAGCGAACGUGCACGCCUUUACUUCUUGCUGGCAUGGUUCCAUGCCAUCGUGCAGGAGCGUCUGCGCUAUGUGCCACUUGGCUGGGCCAAAAAGUACGAGUUCAAUGAGUCGGAUCUGCGCGUCGCGUGCGACACGCUGGACACCUGGAUCGACACGACUGCAAUGGGUCGCACAAAUUUGCCGCCGGAGAAGGUUCCAUGGGAUGCAUUGGUUACACUAUUGUCGCAAUCCAUCUACGGCGGUAAAAUUGACAAUGACUUCGAUCAGCGCUUGCUGACCUCAUUCUUGAAAAAACUAUUCACUGCGCGCAGCUUCGAAAGCGAUUUCGCUCUUGUGGCCAAUGUUGAUGGCGGCGCCGGCGGUCAGCGACAUAUCACCAUGCCCGACGGCACACGUCGAGAUCACUUCUUGAAGUGGAUUGAGAAUUUGUCCGACCGCCAGACGCCUUCGUGGCUCGGAUUGCCCAACAAUGCGGAAAAGGUGUUGCUAACAACACGCGGCACAAAUUUGGUGAGCAAGCUAUUGAAGAUGCAACAGCUGGAGGAUGAUGACGAGCUGGCCUACAGUGUGGAGGAGCACGCCGAGGCGGCUAAUGCCAAUGCGACACGGCAAGAAGAUGGGCGCCCAUCGUGGAUGAAGGCAUUGCACAAUUCGGCAACUGCUUGGUUAGAGCUCUUACCCAAAAAUUUGCCUGUGCUUAAGCGUACUGUAGAGAACAUCAAAGAUCCGUUGUACCGUUACUUCGAACGUGAGGUCACUUCUGGAGCUAAAUUGUUGACAACUGUCAUUUCCGAUCUGCAGGAUGUAGUGUUGAUUUGUCAAGGCGAAAAGAAACAGACCAACCACCAUCGAUCAAUGCUGUCAGAGUUAGUUCGUGGCAUAAUACCAAUAGGUUGGAAGCGUUAUACCGUGCCACUGGGCUGCACCGUUAUACAGUGGAUUACUGAUUUCAGUAAUCGUGUGCAGCAGUUGCAAAAAGUGUCCAAAUUAGUGUCGCAAGCAGGAGCCAAGGAGUUACAGACAUUCCCUGUUUGGUUGGGUGGCUUAUUGAAUCCUGAAGCUUACAUCACUGCAACGCGCCAAUGCGUAGCACAGGCUAACAGCUGGUCGCUAGAGGAAUUAGCCUUAGAAGUAACCAUCACCGAGUCGGGCUUAAAUCCCGAUCAAAAGGAUAGCAGUUUUGGAGUGACAGGAUUGAAAUUGCAAGGCGCACAGUGCAAGAGUAAUGAGCUACUAUUGGCCUCGACAAUUAUGAUGGACUUGCCGCUCACUAUACUCAAAUGGGUCAAGGCGUCUACUGAUACUCGCGUUAGCAAACUCACUUUGCCGGUGUACCUGAACUCCACGCGAACUGAGCUUUUGUUCACCGUUGAUUUGGCGGUAGCCGCCGGUCAAGAUCAACAUAGUUUCUAUGAACGUGGCGUAGCUGUGCUCACCUCGACUGCUUUGAAUUAAAUCGUGCAAAUGAUAGUAAUUGAAAAUUAUAUCCUCCAAUUGAAAAUUGGCAAUGCUAUGUACGAUAACCAACAUAAAUUUAUUACUAACAUAAAUUAAUGCACUUAAAAAGUGAUUUUUUCUUCAAUGUAACACACUUAAUAAAUCAUAUUCAUUAUUAAAAGUAUUAAAUACUCAAGCAUUCAAUAAAAGUUAUUAAAUAUGCAUGCAAAUAUAAA